AUGGUGGCUCACAUAAGUCAGAGCCGACUCAGGGCCAAGGGCGUGGGCCAACACCACAACGCCCAGAACUACAAUAACCUGAGCUUCGAGGAGCUGCGAGCAGCCUGCCUGAGGAAGGGGGAGCUGUCUGAGGGUGCCUUAUUCCCUGCUCAAGCCAGUUCGCUGGCCUUCAAGAAACAGGGCCCCAACUCCAAAAAUGUGUACAACAUCUGCUGGCUGCGGCCCAAGUCCUUCACAAGCAAUCCUCAGUUCACUGUGGACGGGGUCAACCCGACAGACAUCUGCCAGGGGGUCCUCAGUGAGGCACUGCUGUAUGCCAUCAGCUCCCUUACCACACACCCCAAACUGCUGUACCGCGUGGUACCCAGGGGGCAGAGCUUCAGGGAAAACUAUGCUGGUGUCCUCCAUUUUUAGAUUUGGCAGUUUGGGCAGUGGGUGGACAUGGUGGUGGAUGACCGGCUGCCCACCACGCAUGGCAAACUGGUGUUAGUGCACUCAGUCGAGUGCACUGAGUUCUGGAGUGCCCUGCUGGAGAAAGCGUAUGCCAAGCUGACCAGGUCCUAUGUAGCACUGUCAGGGGACAACACAGUGGACGGCUUUGAGGACUUCAGGGGGUGUGACCGGAGCCUCCAACUCUAAAGGCCCCCUCAGAACCUGCUGAGAAUGCUUAGGAAGGCAAUACAGCGAUCCUCCUUCAUGGGCUGCUCCAUCGAAAUCACCAGUGAAAGUGGGUUGGAGUCGAUGACCCAGGGAAUGCUGGUGAAGGGGCAUGCUUACUCAGUGACUGGCCUCCACUAGACCUGAGUCAGACAACACGUCUUCUACAGGGGCAGGACAGAAACACGGAUUCGGGUCCGGAAUCCCUGGGGCUGGAUUGAGUGGAAUGGAGCCUGGAGUGACAAUGCCAGGGAGUGGGAAGAGGUGUCCCCAGACAUCCAGAAGCAGCUGCUGAAUAGGAAGGAGGACGGAGAGUUCUGGAUGCCCUACCAAGAUUUUCUGGACAACUUCACUCUCCUGGAGAUUUGCAACCUGAUGCCUGGUGCACUGUCUGGGGACCACACCAGCUGCUGGCAUACCACCUUCUACGAGGGCAGCUGGCGGAGGGGCAGCAUUGCGGGGGGCUGCAGGAACCACCUGGACACAUUCUGGACCAACCCCCAGUUUAGGAUCUGUCUGCCCAAAGAGGACGGCGACCCAAAGGACAAUGAAUCUGUCUGCACCUGCCUGGUGGCCCUGAUGCAGAAGAACUGGAGCUGGGCACCUCCCCACAGAGCCCAGCUGCAAACCAUCGGCUUCGUCAUCUACACGAUCCCAAAGGAAUUUCAGAAUAGCCAAGAUAUCCACUUGAAGAAGAACUUCUUCAUGAGGUAUCAGGACCUUGGCUUCUCAGAGAUCUUCACCAACCCGCGGGAGGUGAGCAGCUAUCUCCGGCUACCUCCAGGGGAAUAUGUCAUUAUUCCCUCCACCUUUGAGCCACACAGGGACGCUGACUUCCUGCUUCGGGUCUUCACAGAGAAGCACAGCGAGUCCUGGGAACUAGACAAUGCCAGCUAUUCUGAGCUGCUCCAAGAGGAGAACUUCUCAGAGCGUGAUGUAGGCCAGGAAUUCACACAUAUGUUUCAUAUAGUGGUAGGAGGAGAAAUGAGAGCUUCUGGCAAGCUGGGGCUUCCGGAGUUCCAGAUCCUGUGGGAAAAAAUCAAGACAUGGAUGGAUAUCUUCCAAGAGUGUGACCAGGACUCCUAUGAGAUGUACUUGGCAAUUGAGAAAGCAGGCAUCAAGCUGAAUAACAAGGUGACACGGGUGCUGGUGGCCAGGUAUGCAAAUGAGGACAUGAUUAUCAGCUGUUUCCUGAGACUGAAGGCCAUGUUCACAUACUUUCUAACCAUGGACCCCAAGAACACUGGCCAUAUUUGCUUGAACCUGAAACAGUGGCUGCAGGUAACCAUGUGCGGGUAG